CGUAGUGACGUGGUGACGUGGCGUCUCUCCAAGUGCACCGGUGACGUGCCGGCCGCUGAGGAAGUGGAGAGACGCGCGGAGAGACACAGUGAGACACACACAGACAGACACAGUGAGACACACACAGUGAGACACACACAGACAGACACACACAGUGAGACACACACAGUGAGACACACACAGACAGACACACAGACACACACAGUGAGACACACACAGUGAGACACACAGACACACACAGACACACACAGUGAGACACACACAGUGAGACACACACAGUGAGACACACAGACACACACAGUGAGACACACACAGUGAGACACACACAGACAGACACACAGACACACACAGUGAGACACAGUGAGACACACACAGACAGACACACAGACACACACAGUGAGACACAGUGAGACACACACAGACAGACACACAGACACACACAGUGAGACACAGUGAGACACACACAGACAGACACACAGAUACACACAGUGAGACACACACAGUGAGACACACACAGACAGACACACAGACACACACAGUGAGACACACACAGACACACACAGUGAGACACACACAGUGAGACACACACAGACACACACAGUGAGACACACACAGUGAGACACACACAGACAGACACACACAGACACACACAGUGAGACACAGUGAGACACACACAGACAGACACACACAGACACACACAGUGAGAGACACACAGUGAGACACACACAGACACACACACAGAGGUCGACCCCUCCGCCACGUUAGCGCAACAGGUCCCCCUGCUCACUGCCCAAUGAUACGGCAGCUCCCAUCUCAAGUCUCGUGGUGAUCAGGGUCACAAGGGGCGGAGGAGAAAGAGGAGGAGGAGAAAGAGGAGGAGGAGAAAGAGGAGGAGGAGGGGGAGGAGGAGGAGGGGGCGGAGGAGAAAGAGGAGGAGGAGAAAGAGGAGGAGGAGAAAGAGGAGGAGGAGGAGGUGCAUGAGGAGGAGAUGGAAGCAGCCGAGUAGAGAAUGAGCACCUCGGAUUAACACGGUAGCGGCUACGCACAGUGCGAAAGAAGACCAACAUCCUGCACACACAGACGGUAGAGGAGGGUCGAGGGGGGGGGGAGGAAGAGGAGGACAGGAGAUCGAGGAGGAAGAGGAGGAGGAGAAGAAGGGAGGAAGAGCAGGAGAGGAGUUAGAGGAGGAGGACACAGAAGGGAUAGAGGAGGUAGAGGAGGAGGCGCUCUCUGGAUGACUGAGACCCCCUCGCCGGCGCUCGCUAUGGGCUAUGAACACCGCCCCUUGGGGUCCCCUUCCUCCUCCUCCUCCUUCGUGCUCUCCACGAUGGACGACGAGAAGAGCCUGGCCCCGCGCGGAGCCAGCGACACCAAGACGCUGUGGUCACGGCAGGAGCUGCGCGUGUGGGUGGCCGUCCUGUUCUGCGGGAACUGCCUGCUGUACUGCGCGCGCGCCGCGCCGGCCGUCUGCGCCGUGGUGCUGAGCGCCCGCUUCGGCUGGGACAAGGCGCAGGCAGGCACCAUGCUGGGCAGCUUCUUCUGGGGCUACGCGCUCACCCAGAUCGUGGGGGGCCACCUGAGCGACAGGAUUGGUGGAGACAAGAUGAUCUGCCUGUCGAUGGGCUCGUGGGGGCUGGUCACGCUCAUGAUGCCCGUGGUGGCGCAUCUCAGCGAGCAGCCGCUGCCUCAGCUCAUCUUCGUCCGCUUCUGCACGGGCUUCCUGCAGGGGGUCCACUUCCCCUCCAUGUCGAGCCUGUUCAGCUCGCGCGUGCCGGAGAGCGAGCGCGCCUUCAUCGCCAGCACCGCCUGCUCCGGCUCGCACUUCGGGGCACUGGUGGUAGGUGGUAUCGGGUACCUGCUGAUGGAGGCCUAUGGGUGGGAGUCUCUGUUCAUCCUCACCGGACUCAGCUCCAUGCUCUGGGCCUACCUCGUGUGGAGGUUUCUCAUCCAGAAGAGAGGCAACGUCAUCGCCAUGCAGUCGCUCUACAGCAGCCUGUGGCCCACGACCCCGGGCAAGUCUCCCGUGCCGUGGGGGAGAAUCCUCACCAAGCCGCCCGUGUGGGCCGUGAUCAUCGCUCACUUCUGCCUCAACAACUGCUUUUACAUCAUGCUGUCGUGGUUACCCACCUACUUCCACGAGACCUUCAAGGACUCCAAGGGCUGGGUGUUCAACGUCGUUCCCUGGCUCGUCUCCAUCCCCAUGGCGAUGCUGAGCGGAUACCUCGCCGAUCUCCUCAUCCGCCACGGGGUGAACACGGCGACUGUGCGCAAACUCAUGCAGGUCGUCGCCCUGGGUAACUCGUGCCUGUUUGCGAGCAUCAUGUGCCGCACGGAGAGCUUCUCGCUGGCCCUGCUGUUCGCCGCCAUCUCCAUCGGAUCGCAGUCCUUCCACCUGAGUGGCGUGUCGGUCAACGUGCAGGACCUGGCCCCCUCUUGCUCCGGUGCCCUCUUUGGGAUCAUGAACACUGCGGGCGCGUUGCCGGGCUUCUUCGGGGUGUACGUGGCAGGCUACAUGGUGCAGACCACGGGCUCUUGGACGUCGGUGUUCAACUACCUGACGGCCGUCAACAUCUUCGGCCUCUCCUUCUUCCUCAUCUUCGGCAAGGCCAAGAGAAUCGACCUGUGACGGCAGUGACUACGAGGGUGGCGAGGGUGGCGAGGGUGGCGAGGGUGGCCCACCGUCGUCCACUCAUCGCUGACCCAUUCUCGUUGCGGCUCACCCACGCUCGGCCCUCCUCUUCCCACUUCCCUCUUCCUCCUUCUCUUCCUCCCUCCCCUCCUCCCUCCGCCCCUCCACCCCUCAACCCCACCACUCUUCUCGCCGUGUCUUCGCUCGUCUUUUCUGCGGCGGUGGAGGAGCUGGGGACUGAAGGAACCCAACGGUCGCGACCGAGCGAAACGGCAGGUCCACGGCAUCGCACAAUUCGUCCACGCGGCCACCGCGCGCCGUGCCCCCCGUCCGGUGACUCGGGGACGUUCAUUCGGCCGUCCAGUUUGAAGUUUUUGCCGCGGUGCUUUUUUUCACGUGGGAACUUUCUUUGCCGAGCGGCUUCGGCAGGACAGAGGAGGUGCUGCUCUCAUCUGUCUCUCUGUUGCUCUGUCUCUCCGUCUGUCUAUCUCUGUCUCUCUGUUUCUCGUCUGUCUGUCUCUGUCUCCUUUGUCUGUCUCUCGUCUGUCUGUCUCUCCAUGUCCCCGUCGCUCUGUCUCUACAUCUCUCUGUCUCUCUGCCUUUCCAUCCCUCCACCUCUCUGCCUCUUUGUGUCUCUGUUUCUUGUCUGUCUGUCUGUCUCUCCGUCUCGUCAUCUCUCCGUCUGAAUGUCUCUCUGCCUUUCCAUCUCUGCGUCUCUCUGUCUCUCCGUGUCUCCGCGUCUCGGUCUGCCGGCACACCGGGGUACCCCGAGAGCCCAGCCGCUGCGUAGAACGUGGAGUCGAGCCUCGAGGUCGCUGUGACACGAGAAGAAGGCGGCGCAGGGAGAAGUGCACCACCUUGUGUCAAGAUGACGCCACGGAACUCCUUGUGAAGACACCUCGAUUAGACCUCCAAUGGGGGGAGCGCCUGUAGAUGUCUGGGAGUGUCCGUGCCGAUGCCAUCAUCUUGCUGUAUAGGCUGAGUCGACCCAGGAGAGGUCCAGACCGGAGUUAUAUUUUGCACGGUGAGGAAAUUGGCGGUGGCGUCGCCAGCGCGGUGCCUGCGGCCUGUGCCAGGCUAAGUGCAAUUUGAGGCUGUCACGUGAAGUGUGCAAGGCGCUCGCUGCUGACAUGAGGUCACGGGACAGACCCAGGUGCCGUGGGUUGGCUGACUGAGAUGGCUGGCAUCGAUGCACCACCUGUGCCCCCCUGCUGUGCCAACUUGUUGCAUUUCAGUGGCCCGCUACUCUCACAUGCACGCAGACACAGACAUAGAUCGAGACGCAUCAAGGCAAAGAUCCGCCGAUUGCCUUUUCAGGCUCUUAGAGCAAUUGCUGCUGUGAAGGGACCAGUGCCUUAGACUCCCCAUUGCGAAUGUUUACACACCACACCAGGUAUGCGCCGCUCACCACUACAUUACCGCUUCCCACACAGACAACAAAGGCACGCAAGACAGAGACACACACGUAGAUGGACACAAAAGCUACAUUGACACUUAGACAAAGACACAUUCGAAACUAAGUGGCAGUAAGGUGACCAGAGCGCUUGUGCCAGGCUAGGUGCACUCAGAGGCCACGUCGAGUGUCAAAGGCUUAGCUGUCAAGAGGCGACGGGACAGACCUUAGUAGAGCCUUAACAGACUGUUGGGUCGAGUGCUGUUAACGAGUAGCACCGAUGAAGGCCGGCACGGCACACGAGGGGGUGGGUGGCCAGCACCACGCCCGGUCGCCUUAGUCUCCCCAGUGGCGAUGUUUACCACACACCGCGCCAGGCACUCUACUAAUAUUGAGAACGAGUCAACCAACGCCCCCUCUAUCCAGCCAAACAGGAGCAGCCUGGGCACGUGGUGGCUGAGAAUGCGGGCUUCGUGACCCGGCCAACGCAGCCUCGCCUGGCUGGAGGGGCUCGCCGAUGGGACUUGUGUCCAGAUGCGUCCAGACCUUUGCGAGGAUUUAUGAGCUCACAAUCCGGUCUGGUUAAGCCCCAGCAUGGGGCAUAUGCAGGUCCAGCCUGAAUGAUUCGAACCGGGGGCAGAUGUUCCAUUCGAGGGGUCCACGUUUUGCAAGCGUGGAGAAGUGAGGGCAUGAAGCACUCGCACAUGCUUAUACGCGCAUAGCCUCAACAGACUGUUGAGGCAAGUGCUGUUCGCGAGCACCUGUGAAGGCCGACAUGGCCCAAAAAGGGAUGGGUGGUCAGCCCCACGCCCGACCGUCUUUGUCUCCCCAGUGGCGAUGUUUACACACCGUACCAGGUGCUCAUUUUGUGGCAGAGUCGACCUAGGGGAUGCCCAGGACCGGUUCAGAUAAUCGUCACCGGUAUUGGUGGCUGUAAUCGGGAAAUCGAAUUCGGGUCGCUGGGAUGCAUAGCGCAGCGCGCGAACCACCGCACAUUGCCGCUCCCCACACGCGCACACACAGAGACACGCGCACACAGAGACACGCGCACACAGACACACACAGAGACUCGCACAGAGACACGCACACACAGAGACACGCGCACACACAGAGACGUACACGCAGAGACACGCACACACAGGCGAACACACAGAGACACGCACACACAGAGACACGCACACAGACACACAGAGACUCACACAGAGACACGCACACACAGAGACACACAGAGACACGCACACACCUGUACUCCCAUUUGCCAAAAGCCUCGGUGCCUCUGUGUUGGUCUCAGUGCCCUGCAGCCGCUCAGCAGUCACCGAGUUGCCUUCUUGGAGUCGCUCGUGACUUCCCCUGCUAUUUAUGAAGUAUUUAUUGUGAAUACUUUGAAAGUCUGUACAAAUGUAAUUGUAUUUUUUUUUUCUCUCCCGGUUAUAAUUUGCAGCGCUCUUGGGGUACGGUCGUCGAUGUUUUAUCUGACCAUACUUCACCUCGCUGGUCAAAGUGCGGAUUGUUACUGCCCUGACGGGGGAGUCGAUGAAGGGUCGCAGGGUUCAUGGGCGAGGUGCGCUAACCACUGCGCCACCGCUCCUCGCUUGCCCCGACCCCCAGUAGUAGGGUGAUUGGUGUGGUCUAUGGUGUUAUGUCUAUGGUGUUGUGUCUAUGGUGUUAUGUCUAUGGUGUUGUGAAGUUAACAGGAAGACACGCGGGGAUGGUGUUGAGAUUAAGGUAACGCUUCGUCGUGUCGGCCGUGGGGGUGGGGGAGGUGGGUGGUGGGCAGGGGGGAAGUGUUUGACCAUACUUCACCACUCGGGUCAGUAAUGAUUUAGACUUUGACACGCGAAGUUUUUACGUUCACUCUCUCGAAUGAUUCAUAGAGGGAGAGAGAGAGAGAGUGAUUCACAGCGAAUCAUUCGUAGAGAAUGAUUCAGAGGCUUGUGGAAAUCGCGGACGAGCGGGAAGGCAGCCGGAACCAGCGCCGAUAAUUUCCCAAGCUCUGUCCUACAUUGUGAUGUUUUGGCCAACGCCAUAUUCUAUAAUUUAUCCCAACGCACGCUGGUGAAGGUUGGGCGGUAUUCAAUGUUCGGUUAUUUGCAAGGGACACGAAGACAAAGUGAAUAAUAUAUAUUUAUUUCCUAGCAAACUCAACACCUUCGUAAAUAACACUGUGGCGUUUACAAUAUGCAAAUUAUAUAAGAGGCAACGUUUCGGGUACUGGCCCUUCUCCAUAGCACAUUGAGGGGCUAGAGAGGUAGAAGAGUUUUGUGUACUGUAAAGAAGGGCCCAUUGCCUGAAACGUCGCCUCUGUUUUUUUUUUAUUAAGGUCGCCGUGUUAUUGACAUGGAGGGGGAUCAGGUUGUUGUUGUUGUUGUUGGUGGUGGUUGUUGUUGUUGUUGUUGCGCACCAAAGCGAAGAGUUUUGCCGUCGCCCUCCCCCGCACUGGAAUCGCAGCAGAGCACAAAGACGGCGGUGGCGGCGCUGGCGACUCUUGUCGAUGUCACCGUCUCAUGCGUCGGGCGUUCUCCUGAAGACGUUGUGACUACUGGUGGUGCCGCCCUCCUCCUCGAGCUGCGCUUUACACCCCCACCAUGCCCCCCCCCACACCACCCC